GACAAUGUGUUUUCCUAAUCAGUAAUCUAUCGGAUUUUAUAAACCCUCUCUCUCAUAUGAACACCCGCUACUCCUCCUUUAUCCCGCACAAUGGCCAACAUGGAGCGCAAGUCAAAGUCUGGUGACAACUGGACCUACGACGAUCUACUUUCCUAUAAUAUCAGGCUCGAGUACCAGGACUUUUCUGCAUUCUUCGAAGCCACCGAACUCCCCGAGCCCAACCUUGUCGAUCCAGAAAUCCUCACGGCCGCGGAUGCUUGGAAGACAACCACAAAUGAUGCCUACGCCGUCCUUCACAUGAUGCGUUUAUCACAUAAAUCUACGACGACAGAAAACGAUCCUGCCACGACAGACUUCGCUUUCUUGCUCCUCCGCAGUUUGGGAUAUACGAAGAGGGACAGACUGGUGAGGACUAGACAGCCUUAUGGGUUAAUCGUCGCCGGAGAGAAUAAGAUUGGAAAUAGCGACCUAACCAUCGUUGAUGAGAAGAAUAAUGUCAUGUUAGUCUUCCGGGAGGACAAACGUUACAGAGAUGUCCCCUCCGACAUCCAGCUCAUCGCUGAAGGUAUCGCCGCCUUAGCCACUCGUAAUCUGAGACGAAGGCCCUUUGGCUUACCGCUGAUAGCGAAUAAAAUCAUUCCGGGCAUACUCAUGCGAGGAUCUUUCCCGAUCUUUUACAAGAUCGCCGCGACUUCGACGCUGACGGAGGCGAUCAAGAGAGGAGACUACCCAGGAAAGGAGGCUGUCGUCUACGUACACAUUCCUGUCAUGCCCAGACCUGAGAAGAGAGCUGACGAGGGCAUGAUUCCACUUGACAAUCGCAAGAUUAUCUUGUCCUACUUCGAAGCGUUCAGGAAGUUCGUCUGACCACUGUGCUGUGCUCAGGUUAUGCUCUAAGUCACCGGCAUUCUCAUAUCCUCCAUGUAGUUUCCAUUUCCCCUCAGAUUUCAAUUCUUCAACCUCAAACGCCGACACUGCCGAAUUCGAAGAUGGAUCCCUGCAUCGAUCAUUUCAGGGUCCGCUCAUCGCCAUUGAGCACCAUCCACCACCCACUGGUGAACCCUCUCUUGUCUGAUAGGGUUACCUCCCUUAUCUCAAUCCAGUGUCCUUUCCAGUCCCCCCUCGCACUCACUCGACAUAUAUGAUGCUUCUUGUACAUACUACCUUACCAAACUGUUUCAGCAACUUUCCUUUCAUCAUGGCUCCUAUCCCUUUCUUUCGGCGAAGAAUGUAUGAAAGACAAUGCCGCGUUGUCGAAUGACUACUAAUGAGAUUGCCAGGUUAUUUGCUUAUCGUUUACAUUUCUGUACGACCAUCGUGUAAGUACUUACCUUUCAAUGCGUCCAUCUCCUUCCAUCAGAAUUGUCUUUAACAUUUUCCCCGUGUCGUUACUCUGAAAUAAACUUAUUUUUGUCCAAGACGGGAG